CACAGUACACUGACAGAGAAGCACCUAGGCUGAGAGAGAGCAACGAGGUAACAAACACACAACCCCUGCCUCCCUGUUCCCCAGCCCCAGCCUUCGCUGAGUUGGGUGUGUGUGGUACCUGGAAGCAGCUGUCAGUAACUUCCUCCCCACCACCUUUACCCAACGCCAGUCCCACCCAACCCACCCGAGUGAGAACCCCGGGUGCGAAGGACAGACCACCACAGAUGAGCCAGUGAGCUAGCGAGCUGAGAAGAGCGGUCCCCCUGGAAAGGAAAGUCAGUCGGGAUCUCAGCGGCAGGCACGUGCUGCUGUGCGGAGAGAGACAGGGUGACGAGGCCCUUCAGACUGUCGAAUCUGGCCAGAUUUGAAGACAGUUUUUUUAGGACGUUUCGAUUUAUACUUCUUGAACCUCCUGAACCAUGACCCAAACUCUCGGUAACUUGGGUGGCGGCUGGGCAUCCUCUGCUCCAUUUCGCACUGGGUCUUCCUGCCACCAAAGGCGCAAGGGUCCUCCGAUUUACAAGCCGCGGCACCGCUAUGGUCCCAAGGCCGAGAAUGAGCCUCCGAGGAAACAGCCGAAGCAGCAGCACCACUGGGGCCACUGGUUCCAACCACCCCAAAGUCCUUAUUGGGCCAUGUAUUCUCACUGGGGGUGCUGGGGAGGGCCCUGGUGCCCACCUGCAAUGGGAUACCAGAAGCCCCCAGGGCCAGUGCAAGUGACCCGUAUGUAUGGUCUGCACCCAGUUUGCCUUUGCUGUUGCCCUUGCUGGCAUGGGCCCUGGAACCCGGGCUGGUUGAGGCCACCUGGCAAGAAGAAGCGGUGGGGCCGCAGGGGUGGUGGCCUGCGCCAUCACCCUCGCCGCCCCUUCAAGAAGAGCCCAUCCGUGGAUGAGAGCAAGGUCCUGCGACCUGUCAACCUGUAUGAGUGGCAGGUGCCUGACAUGCGGGUGCCUGGCUUGCAGGCACCCCGCAACACCACCCAGUUCAUCAUGAACCAGAUCUACGAGGACAUGAGGCAGCAAGAGGAGCUGGAGCACCAGCAGGAGGCACUGAGAGCUCAGCAGGCCCAGGAGGGCGAAAACGAUGCGCCCCCCAGUGGUGGUGAGGAAGACACGGAGCUGCCUGACACUUUGUAUGGCUUUGGGCAGAAUCCUUUAGCCUUUACUCCUGACCCUGAGGAGGUAAAUCAGUCUUCUGCCCCACAGCUAGUGGAAGAAGAGGAGAAAAAUGACGAGUGUGAUGAGGAGGAGUGUGAUGAGGAGGAGUGUGAUGGGAAAGAGGAAGAGAGUGAGGAGGAGGAUGAAGAAGCAGAGACCCAGGAUGAAGAGGAGGUAGAAGAGGCUGACUAUAAAGGGGAGGAAGAAAAGGAAGAGGAAGAGGAGGAGGAGGAAGCUGAGGAAAUAGAGGAGGGGUUGGAGGAGGAUAAGCACAGAGAAGAAGAGAAUCAUUUGACUUUGGAUAUGCCGUUAUCAUUCCUUCUGGGAGAUGAGGAAGAGAAAGAACUUUAUAAACUGUUCGUAUUUAAGCCUGAAACAGAUAAUUCCUAAAGGGCUACAGGAAGCUCUCCUCAUGUUACAGGAUACUAACUGUUAGAAAGGAAUCUGAGAAAUGGAAUGGAACUGAUUUGAAGCUAAAAUGGAUUAGCAACUUAUUAAAAACCUAUUAAAAAGUGAGUUCCAUUAAUAAAAGUAUCCAUGAAAACCCCUUCUUUGGCCAUGAUAAAAAUUUUAAAAAUUGCCGUGUCUGUGUAUAAUUAUGGGUGGAAGAAGGAGAACUUUCAAACAUAAUUUAAUUCAAAACGAUUAAAGGCCAAAUAU